UUUUCCUUUGGAUAUUGAACGCAGCAGCAAAUGGAGCAACGAAGUUAGCAGCGAAGCUAAUCGGCUUCACCAAGAAUCGACGUGACCGAACUAUAACACCCACUUUUCGUAACAGUUUUAUAACAACACGCAGACCCGGUAACGGAGCCCAUUUCCGCCUCUGGUGGCUCUUUGCCGACACUGGACCAGUCUGACGGGUUUAUUUGUAGCCGGUGUUGCUAAACGGAAAUGCCACCGCGGGUUACAAACGUUGAUCUUCCGGUGAUAAACAGCUGAUUAACCUUCAUAAUUAUCAAUAUAAAUAAAACACACACCCUCACCUCUCAGUCUGCGGGGAUACAGCGGCUUCACAACAUAACUUUGGAUGUUUUGUGAGAAAGCCAUCGAGUUAAUCAGAGAACUUCACCGGAUGAACGACGGACAGCUGCCCGCUUUUAACGAGGACGGACUGCGGCAGGUUCUGCAGGAGAUGGAGGCUCUGUACGAGCAGAACCAGAGCGAUGUUAACGAGGCGAAGUCUGAGGGUCGAGCUGAACUCAUUCCCUCAAUCAAACUGCGGCACUGCUGCCUGCUGAGGAACCAACGCUGCCUCACCGCAUACCUGUAUGACCGGCUGCUGAGGAUCAGAGCUCUGAGGUGGGAGUACGGCAGCGUCCUUCCCGCCAAUGUUCGCUUCCACAUGUGUGCAGAGGAGCUGCAGUGGUUCACUCAGUAUAAAAAGUCUCUGGCCUCCUUCAUGCGUUCUCUGGGGGGAGGGGAAGGUCUGGACAUCACUCAGGACAUGAAGCCUCCAAAGAGUCUCUACAUCGAAGUGAGGUGUUUAAAGGACCACGGAGAGUUUGAGAUCGACGACGGGACGGUGAUUUUGCUGAAGAAGAACAGUCAGCACUUCCUGCCACGGUGGAAAUGUGAGCAGCUGAUUCGUCAGGGAGUCCUGGAGCACGUCAUGUCCUGAGGCCUCGACAUCAGAGAGCAGAGACGAGGACCAAGCUAAACCCCACCCCCUCCAUGUGCGUUCUUUAUUUUAACAGCGGACAGAUGUUGAGACGACACAGAUGUUCACAUCCUCCAGGACGAAGUUUGAGGAUUAUUGUG